AUGGCUGGUAUCGCACCUGGAAAGACCUUCACCCCUGGGUUGGACUUCAGCAACCAGUCUUACAGCAAGCUCAGCGAAAAGGUUGAGGCCGACGUCAGCCGUGCUCAUGAGAUCAUCAAGGAAAAGCUUCCGCUGCUCGCCCAACUGAACGCACUCGUCUCCUUGACAUUCGGAGAUCGUGCCCCAAUCUUUGUGGAUGCUCGUUCAUCUGAGGCGAGAUUCCUCGACUCUUGCUCCGAUAAGCCAGAUACAAAAGUCACAAUCAAGCCCGAGUACAUCUCUCAGUUCUACGAGGGCAAGCUCGAGCCUCGAUAUGGCCUGUUCAAGGACGCCUUCUUCCACGAGGCUUCAAUGCCGCAGGGCAAUGUCCCCGUGGCCAUCAAGUUCGCCGACCUCCUCACUCCCAACCCUCCCGUACCGCCCAAGAAGGUCGUUCCUGGCGCCUUUGCCCGUCUUCCUCGGCCAACAGAGGAUAUCGACCAAGUCAAGCGGGAUAUCAAAGAGUUUGGCUACGGUCUCGUCAAGAACGCCCUGACUCCUGAGCAAGUUUCUAUCUUGAGGAAGGGAACCCAGGAACAAGCUGCUGGCGAGCGCAAGGCUGGCGUUUCCGCCGCGGACGGUGGCCCAAACGCCCCAAACCAGCGCAUCUGGACUCUGAUCAACAAGGGAGAGGAGUUCCUCGAUCUUCUGAACCACCCUCUCAUCGAUGAGAUUGUUCCCUGGUUCCUCGGCGAGCAUGCUCUUAUCCAUAGUUACAGCGCCAACAUUGCCCGCCCCGGAAACGUUCCCAUGCAACUUCACAUAGAUCAAGUUGCCAUUCAACCGCCUGUGCGUGAGCUCGCUUUCGGCCUCAACAUCAUGUGGUAUCUCGGGGACAUUACGGAGAAGAACGGCGGCACCCGCGUGUUCCCUGCGUCUCACCUUGGUCAAAUUGCCCCUGAUGACCUGUUCACUGUCGAUGGCACUGUCGCCGCCGAAGGGCCUUCUGGCACUGCCUUGGUGUUUGACAGUCGGCUGUGGCAUGCUACUGGCCCCAACCGUGAGGAGUCUGGCGAGCGUCCGGUUAUUCUGAUCUUCUUCAUGCGGUCCUUCAUUCGCCAGCAGGAAAACAACUUCCUGUCACUGCGCAAGGAUGUCGAGGCUAAGUUGUCUGACCGCCACAAGCGUCUACUUGGGUUCUACACUACGGGUGCUCUUGGUGGGAUUGAGGGCGAAGUCCGGGAGGGUAUCUUUGUGACAAGGAAGGAUGAUUGCGUUGGAACAUUACGCGCCGCUCACGAGUGA